AUGUUUACAGAGCUCAACAGCAUCCUGAACGCCUCUCCCGACAGCUUCACGCAGGGAGAAUUUGUCCUGGUUUCUGACAGACAGAGUGACGCCUCUUUUCUCGUGAACCACUUCCUUUCUUUCUACCUGCGAGCCCGCUGCAGAGUCUGUUUUCUGGGGCUGGUGCAGUCCUUUUGCCACUACAGUGCAGUCAGUCAAAGACUGGGUGUCAGUUUAACAGAAGCGAAGGAGAAAGGCCAGCUGAUAUUUCUUGAAGGACUAAAUGAGUCCCUGUCGAUUCUGGUUCCACGUGACAACGACUUCACGAGUCGAGCCAUGAGCUUCCUCAGGGAUCCUGGCGUCGGCCUGCGGAGCCUUUACGAGUUUGUUCGAUCCAGUCUGACUGGUUCGGGCGGGGCAGAGGAGUGGGGACCACCUGUGUUGCUGGUGGACGACCUCAGCGUACUGCUGAGCCUGGGGGUCCGCACCGGAGCCGUGCUGGACUUCAGCCAUUACUGCAGAGCCACCGUCUGCUCUCAACUACAGGGGAACAUGGUGAUGCUAGUACGCUGCAAUGGGGACGAAGAGGAGGAUGGAGAUGAAGGUUCGGAGUGGCUCCGGAAGGGUCUGUCCCUCCAGUGUAGCCUCGCUCUCCAUGUUCAGGGUCUCCCCACCGGCUACUGCAAGGACAUACACGGACAGGUGGAAGUCUGUUGGAGGAGACGAGGCGAAGGGCAGCUCGCCCAGAAUAAACUCUUCCAGUACAAAGUCCACGAUAAAGGAGCCUCCUUCUUUGCCCGAGGGACCUCCAGCGCUGUUCUCUAAUUUGACUCUCACCGUCGGCUC